CUAAAAUGGGACUAUUUGGUAAGAAAAAGAAGAAGGAAGAAUCCAAAGAGGAACAGAAGUUUACUGGAAAGGUAGGCUGCCUCAGUGAAUCUCAAGAGGAUUGUCUCAAUCAGCUGAAACAGCACAUUGCAGACAACCAGCUUACUACUUCUGAUAGAUAUACUGAUCAUUAUUUGUUAAGAUUUUGCAGAGCCAGAUCUUUCAAGGUCAAAGAAGUCAAGAAAAUGUUUGAGGAGUUUAUCAAAUGGAGAGAGGAAAAUGAGGUCGAGUACGCUUUUCUUAGGUACGACCUCAGUAAUAUCCCAAAAGUUAGAGAGAUUCAUCAGGCAGGAUAUCAUGGUACUGAUAGAGAAGGAAGACCCUUCUAUAUUGAUAGGCCUUGUACAGCUCAUCCUAUUGAAGAUCUCCUAAAGAUCGCAGAUAUUGCAGAGUUAUCCAGGAACUAUAUCAGAGACUAUGAGUUUCUUAUCCAUGCCAAGAUGCCUGCUUGCUCUGCUGCGGCUGGAAAAAAAAUUGAUUCAAUUUUAUCGGUGAUUGAUGUCAAAGGAAUCUCAAUGGGAAUGUUUAAACAAAAGAGCAGAGACACCUUAAAUAUACCAGUAGGGAUCACCCAAAACUAUUAUCCUGAAAUUAUGCAUAAGAUGAUCAUCAUAAAUGCUCCACUUGUAUUUAAGGCUAUCUGGGCAGUAGUCAAGACUUUCUUAGCAAAGGAAACUUUAGCAAAAAUCCAGAUUAUUGGAACAAAGUAUCAAGAUAAACUUUUUGAAUGUGUAGACCCAGACAAUGUUCCAGCAGCUAUUGGAGGCAAUUGUACUUGUGCAGAUAGAGGUGGUGACUGAUUUAGAUCAGAUAAAGGACCUUGGGAGAUCUACAGAGGUGAUAAAUAUGGAGAAAUGUACAAAAGACAGAUGGCAGGAGACCCUUUAACAAUCCCAAUCCCAGAUCCAGUCCCUGCACCUCCAAUAUCAAUCGCUGAUCCAUCCAUCCAAAUCCCAGCCCCAACUUCAGUCGGCUCUGGAUUCGUCCCAGCCCCAUCACCAGCACCAGUCAGUAUGGCUCCUGGAGCCCCUCAAUAGACCACUAGCCAGCACUUAAACCUGCUUUGCUCAAAUAGAAUCUGUCACAGGCCAAU